AUUUUAGGUUAUAUAUGUGACAAAUGAAAUUCUUCAUUUGAGAUGCAAUAAAAACAAACUGUUGUAACUCAUAAUAAUACUACCUCAUUAAAAUUUUUAAGAAUUCUCCAUGAUGUCUAACGAGGAACCCACUGACCUGGAUUGGGUGCAGCUCCGCAAAGAAAUGGGAGCGCACCAGCAUGUCGAAACAACUAGUGAAAAAUUCGGAAGAAAAUUUUCUGAGAAUCCUUUCGUUCCUAUCGGGUGUUUUGCCACAGCAGGAGCUCUGUCAUAUGGACUUUGGAGCUUCAGAACAGGGCGCAAAAAGAUGUCUCAGCAAAUGAUGCGACUCAGAAUAGUCGCACAAGGAUUUACAAUCACUGCUUUAGUUGUUGGUGUCAUGAUGACAACCGGGAAAAGUCUAACAAAGUAGUUUCUGCGAUUCAUUUGAUAUUAUUGAUUUUACAAUUUUCAAUAAGACACAAUGGAUAUUUAAGUAGUAUUUUUAUUAAAUAGAAUAAUCUCA